AUAAAUAUAAGAGAGUUCACGCUAAUGUCGACAAUUGGAGCACUUGGUCCGUAAUGGGUUAUCAUGAAAUGUUCUUUCCGUUCUCCCUUCUCUAUAAUUUUUACUGUUAACGCAUACUUUCAUUGGUGGGAGACCGAAAAGAGAAAAAGAUAUGCCGUUUCCGGACAACGACAUUCCAAUCAACGGGAUUAGUAAAAACUACGAAAUAAUUCAACGAUCUAAGGGUGAUGAAUUUCUUUCCUCAUCCACGGUCAAAUACAAUCGUCAGUCCACAUACACGUUCGAAACUUUGCAGGAAUCUGCACAGUUUUUACUCAAUCGUGUUAAAACACGUCCAAAAAUAGGAAUAAUAUGUGGUUCUGGUAUGGGAUCAUGUGAGCAAAACGAGUUAUGUCCAGGUUCGAUCGCUGAUUCCAUAGUCGACAAAUACUGCUUUCCCUACGAAGAAAUACCACAUUUCCCUGUAUCAACAGUAGAAGGACACACGGGACAGAUGGUAUUUGGUUAUAUCGAGGGUGUUCCGGUUAUGUGUAUGCAAGGAAGAUUUCAUUAUUACGAGGGUUAUCCACUUUGGAAGUGUUCAAUGCCUGUCAGAGUGAUGAAGCUAAUAGGAGUUACUCACCUUAUUGCUACAAAUGCUGCUGGAGGACUAAAUCCAACUUAUCAGGUCGGUGACAUUAUGAUAAUGAAGGAUCAUGUGAAUCUGAUGGGUUUCGCUGGUAACAAUCCUCUUCAAGGACCCAAUGACGAUCGAUUCGGUCCUAGGUUUCCAUUAAUGAACAAAGCUUACAAUACUGAAUUAAUUAAAAUAGGAGAAGAAGUGGCAUCAGAGAUGGGUAUCAAUGAUAUAGUACAUAAAGGUGUAUAUACCUGUUUAGGCGGGCCUAAUUUUGAAACGGUUGCCGAACUGAAGAUGCUUCAAAUAUUUGGCGUCGACGCCGUUGGUAUGUCUACGGUACAUGAGGUGAUAAUAGCUAGGCAUUGCGAUUUGACAGUCUUUGCCUUUAGCCUAAUCACAAAUCUAUGUUCGACCGAUUAUGAUGAUCACAAUGAGAUCAAUCAUGGGCAAGUGAUAGACGUUGGAAAGACGAGGCAACCGAUACUUCACGAAUUCAUUUCAAAGAUUGUUAUGCGUAUAAAGGACAUGAUAGAUAUUGAUAAGAAAUGAUUUUUCAUAUUUUCAUUAUCGAGUUAGAAUGAAUCGUAAGAUCCUCGUUUCUGUUAUAUAGCAAGAGAAUUGUUUGACAUUGACAAAAAAUUUACAAAUAAAAUCUCGUUAAUGUAAAAUAAUAAAGGAGAAAGUGAUCAAGGAUCAUCUUUUAAUGAUGAUAUUAUUUUAAAAUAUGUAAUUAAUUGUUUACACUGGGCCUUUUAUCGAUUACAACAAUAUUUUAGAUACAACGUAGUUCAAUCCUUGGUUAAGAAUAUAUCGAAAUAUACGAGAUAUUCAAAAUAA